CCCCCCAAAUAGAAAUGCCACCAAAACAUUUCUCUCUCUUUUCUUCUUCUUCUUCUUUCUAUUUCCUCUCAAAUUUCACCUCCAUAAACCCUAAUUUCCCACAUUCCAACCCAAAACCCUCAACAAUGGCUUCCCUCCACUUCCCUCUUCUCUUCUUCUUCCUCCUCCUCAUAAUCCUCUCCUCUUCAAAACCCACCUAUUCAAUUCCAAUCUCAACGACAAUCCAAUCCCCAACUCUCGGUCCUCGUUCUACCGAUUUCAACACGGUUUCCUCCAUCCACGACGUCCUUAAAUCGCACAGCCUUCCAAUCGGGCUUUUCCCAAAAUCAAUUUCUGAAUUUGCCUUCGACCAAGUUUCCGGCAGAUUCGAGCUCCACGUGACCGAUUCUCCUUGCGACGCCAAAUUCGAGACCCAAGUCAGGUACGAGUGGAACGUGUCCGGGACCAUUUCAUACGGCCAAAUUCAGGAAAUUUCCGGCCUUUCUGCGCAGGAGCUUUUUCUUUGGUUGCCUGUAAAGGGUAUUCAGGUGGAUAUCCCUAGUUCUGGGUUGAUUUAUUUUGAUGUGGGUGUCGUUUCGAAGCAGUUCUCUUUGUCGUUUUUCGAGACACCCCGCGACUGCUCUGCCGCAACUGCGGAGGAGGGUGGUGGUAAUCGUCGUAAUGAAUUGUCCCAACCGAUUGAUCUUUCGUUUAUGAAGGGUCGUGGCCGCAUUAUCCAGAAAUCAUUCGAAAGGUCUUCCAAAGAACAUCACGAGGGACAUGAAUUGAAAGCUGUUUCAUAGAUGGUGAAUAAGAACAUUUUGUAACACGAGUUUUAGUGUUUGACUUGAAACCAGCUCUUAAGAAGUUUGUUUUGGCAAUUGGCCUCAUGUGUGGGAUUGCUUUACAGGCUUGUCUGUCCAUGCUGCUGACAUAUACAGAGCAAAGUUUGUGAUUUCCUUGAAGAGGAGAGGAGAGGAGCAGGUGGUAGUUACCUGCCGAAGAUAAUUUGAGGAGGAGACUGUGGAGUUGGCUUGGUGAAUCAUCUUAUCUUUUUUUUUUUUUUUUUUUUUGGGUGAGGAAAAGUAAUGCGAUUGUAUCGCUGUACUGAGUCUCUGUAAAUGACCAAAUUUGAUUUGGAGUUUGUAUAUUAGCUUGAAGUGAAAUAUAGUAGUGUUUUCAGUGAAACCAAAGCAUUAAUUCA